GAAGCUGGGCUGUGUGACAUCACGGAUCAGUUUAAUGUAUAAACUAACCACAAGAAUGCAGCGUGUCAGCCAGUAAGUUCAAAGAGGAACAGAAGGUGCUUUCUUAACCACUGCAAAAUGAACGCUUGCCUUGUCUGUGAAGUUGGCUGACUUAUAACUGAGCAUACUGGAGCCCAGGUGGAGAAACGGGCAGGCCCUGCACAAGAGCUUUGAAGUGGGAGGGGCACUUUAAUCACACUUCAGUUAAGUCAUAUUCAUAUGAGCCACGCAAGGCAGGCAGACAGACACGGUACAGCCGAGGGAAAAGAAGCACAGAACUUUUUAGCCUGGUAGAAGUUUCCAUUUUUGACCAGCCGCUCAUGUGAACUCUGUGGCUUCUUCAAAUAUGCACAGUACGGAUUAACACAAAGCUGGGAAGUAGAGGAUUCCUUGAGAACAUUGCUCAUGGGCAUAUUUAGUAAUAAACUGCUUGGAAUCUGCCCAGGGAGUCAACCUUUUUAUAUUUUGCACAAAGUUUAUAGCAAAAACACUUCAGAUGAAGAUGACUAGCUCAGGAUCUGCUCUGUGCAAGAUGCAGAUCCAAAGAAGUUCCUUGCUCUUGGAGAUUUAUUAUUUUUUGUGAUUCCAGUGGAGUAAGCCUUUGAAGAACUGAUUUGAUUUUUCUUUGAUAAAGUGACUGAAACGUUUGAACAACAACAGUACACCUUGUUUCAUAUUCUGAACAAAUGGAGACACUGUGUGUAUGUUUUUGUUUGGACUGAAUUUAUUAUAUUUUUGUAUUUGCUUUGAUAAAAAAAGGCAAACAGUUUGAAACAUGUGGGAAAACGUGACAACUUUUUUUAAUAACUUAUGGAAUAUUGCUAGCACCAAGCACGAAGAGGGGAUUUACAACACAGUCUGUCUGGUAGUUUUACUGGCACUGCCUCUGGUGGUACUCUUUACAUCGAUGGUGGUGUGCUGUCACUGCUGCUGCUGUCGUAAGCAACAUUGCUGUUCCUGUUGUGGUAGUGGUGAUCCAGAGUCACACACAAAGCUGGACAAAAAGAAGAAAAAAAACAAAAAGCAAAAAACAGAAGACCUCUGGAUUUCUGUGAAACCAGGGCCUAUGACUCCAGACCGGAUGGCGCUGACAGCUGUUUAGUUUAAUUAUUCACACCAUUUUACCUGUUGUGUUGAACUCCAUUCGGGUUGGCCUAAUAAAAUAGCUUGAAGCUUUUAAAAUUGUAAGCUCAGCGACAGAUGCUAUUAAGUAACCCUAAAUACCAUUAAACAUGGGUCUCAGCAAUCUUCUAGGACCUGCAAUUUAAUCUGAGUCCUUCCAGUGUGACUGUCAGGUAUUUUAUCCUUUAUAAACAAAACUGAGAGAUGAUUUAUUUCAGUUAAACAUAUUAUGCACUUUUAGUGUCCAAGAGAACAGUGUUUUCUGUCAGCAUUCUUUUCUGUCUUGAGCACUUAGAAAGCAAUCCCUUGUAUUCCUUACAUGCAUUUUGAAUUAACAGUAUUAACGUGGGUUUUGCCAGUUGCUGCUCUCUAUCUAAUAUCUUCCAUUUCUGAACUGCUAGAAAUAAUGUCUUUUUUAUGAAUUUUCAGGUCAAAUUUCAGUAUGAAAAUUGCACUGACAAUCUCCUAAGGCUCUUUAGACACCUGACCCUUGAACCUGACAAAGGCAUUUGGAUUAAAACUUCACUUUAAUUGCGUCAGUAGCUCACUUUUUUAAGCCUGUACUGACUGGUUAAUUUAUUGCUCCAUAUGUCUAAUUAUACAGUAAGCCAAAGCUAAUAAAGAUUUUGUUGUGAUGUGUGGAAACAUUUUUCAGUUGACUUUAAUUACAUUUUCACUGUAUAUAGUGAUGUCUGUUAUUUGUGAUAUUUAAUCAAUAGUAGGGUCACUUUUGUUUUUGGUUCAUAUUUAGUUUUGAUAUAGAGUGUGCUUAUUUUAUAUGUAUAUAAACACAACACAAUAGACAACCUCAUCAACACAAGUCCCAGUAACACAAACACAAACACAAUACGAUUCUUCUUGACAUAGCAUGUUGGAAGCACUUCCAGGUCAUGUGGAAGUUCCCCAAAGUAGAAAGACCUUUUUCUGGCAGCUCCCUCUGAUGGCAAUCAGGAACACCAGCAGGGUAGCCCUUCCAUACUACAUAUCUCAUGGAACCCUGCAAUAAUCCAAACUGUGAAUAUACCAGAGUAGCACUGCCACCAUUUUCCUUAGGGGAUCAACUGUCCCAGAGAACUAGUCUCCCUCAUUUCAUCCAUUAUCUGACCGCCCCAAUAGGAUAGGAACCUAGUGUCAUCUCGGCAGGGUUACACCUCCACUUAAGCAGCCCAUCCACUAUGGUACAGGUAAGGCGCUGUUCCUCGUCCCAAGUGAGAUGCUUGUCUAUCCAUUAAGGUAUCUACAAUAUACUUUGUAUAAUAUAUAUAUCAUAUUUAUCAUGCUGCAAGCACAGAAAACCAAAAAGAGGUUGCCGUCAUCACUGCCUUUAACUUAAUAUAACACAGCUCUGGGUCCGAUCAAACUUCCUGCUUCUCCAGAUGCCUGCUCUUAAGGUGUCUAGGUUAGGAGGUGGCAGCAAGGUCUAAUCAUGCCUUUUUCUCCAAAUUGGAGUGGGGGAAAGAGAAGACAUGGUUAGCAAUGCAUAAAUAUUUUAUGUAUGUAUAUAGAUGUGUGUUUAUAUAUAGAUAAGGGUAUAUAUUCAUCCGUUCAGGUUCGGAUUUAGCAGUUUUGACCUAAUCAAACAAGCAUACUUUUCUGUAAUUUCAAAUCUGAGUCGUCCAGCAGCAAUGAGGGUGGUGAUGGGUUGUCUUCUCUCAACACUUCACUGUCAAAAUGGAUGUGAUUUUAUUUAAUCUGUAUGCUGCUGGAGUGUAUUUCAUCAAUGCCACCCACCAAGGUGAUAAUGUACUUGCUGCCAACUUCAGUAAUACAUUGCUUAACAAAUCCUCAUACUGUGCUAACUUCUGACUAUUGCUAAACUUAUGUGGUAUUGUUCAGGUAAUAUGCAAUAUCCCAACAUAUUGUAUACAUAACAAAUGUUUAUGUUUUGUAAACUGCAUCCCAAAAGUUUGUUAUGUGCGUAGAAAUAUUUAAUGUUUUUUUUGCAAUAUUUUGUAUAGCAUAGAAAAAUUGAUAAGCUUAGUUUCAACAUUAUUUUAAGUAAUAAUUAAUUAUUAAAUGUAUU